AUGCCUCACGCAGACUCUUCCUUAGUGCCGGAAAGCAUACAGACGAAGGCAGAAUUUUGGGAUCAUGUCCAUGAUCAACUAUCUGCUUUGCUAGAAGGCCAACGAUCCUGGAUCACUAACCUUGCCAACGCCUCAUCGCUGAUCUUCAACUCCCUCGCCGCAUUCCCAGCACACUUUGGGACGGAGCCCACGAAGGCCGUCAACUGGUGCGGCUUUUACCUCGAUGGCCCGCUCUUCCCCGCGCCACGGUUCUCCUCCGCGCGCGGCGAGCCUCAGAAGGAUGCGCUACUGCUAGGCCCCUUCUGCGGAAAGCCCGCGUGCCAGUUCAUAAACGUGACCCCGGGAAAGGCCCGUGGUGUGUGUGCGGACGCGUUCCUCAAGCGUGAAACCGUCCUUGUGCCCGAUGUGGAUGCAUACCCGGGGCAUAUCGCAUGCGAUGGCGAUACCAAGAGCGAGAUCGUGUGCGCCCUCGUAUUGCGCCGUCCAGAAGGCGAUGUGCCCCUUGGAGUCUUGGACCUUGACUGCCUUGCGGUCGGCGGUUUCGACGACGAGGAUAGGGCAGGCCUCGAGAGGAUAGCGCACCUCAUCGUCGACGCGUGCGACUGGUAG